GUGUGCGUAGCAAUUGGUAUUCCGGUUUUGGGUGUGAGUCUGCUAUUGAAACGCACCCAUACCUUCAUUAAGCUUAGCUGUUUUAUUUUAGCGUUCACUAUUUUUGACAGACAAACAUCGCAUUUAACUGAACGUUACACACAUUUGGAAAAAAUGAGACUUAAAGAUUCAGAUGUUUAAAUAAGUCUGCAAUUUUUUUGCGUUUUAAUAAGAUGAAAUCUCAUCAUUGAAAAGAAACCAAAGCCAACGAAUAAAAGAAUCUAUUGAAAUCAUUUUUUAAAUUUCUUUCAUAUUGCACUCAAUCAGUGCACUCAUGCAGAUUUUCAUAUUUCAUUUGUAUGCAGUGAUUGCAGCCUUCAUUCAACUGUACAAACUUUGGGAAACAGAAAAUGCUUUGUUUGAAAUGACUUAUGUUCAUAAUAGGCGGACACAAGUUUUUCAUAAACUCUGUGGUAAAAAUCGACGAUUUUUCAAAGAAUACUAGCGAAAGAAGAAUUGACUCAGCUCGUUCUUCUAACCGCACCUAUGGAUACUCUCACGGAUGUGCUGUUUCUCAUUUUUCAAUGUUUCAUUUGAGACUGAAAAAUUAUACAGCAAAGAUACUAUAACGAAUAGCAAGAUCGAUAGUGCUUAAUUCAUCCAGUUUCAUAACGAUAUAUGCAAAUGAAAAUUGAAAGGAUGUACAGAUUAUACAGAUAAGGAAAGGAAACAGUAUUUGCAAACUAUGGAUCCUUGAUACCAAUAGGUGGCGUGACUUAAGCAAGGAACGAGAAUAUGAAUGUGUAUGCAAUGAAAUUACUUGAGUUUUCAGAAGAAUAUCAAAAGUAAUAUAAAGAAAGAAUUAAGAAAAUGUAACUGCAUCAAACGCUUUCUCCCGCACUUCGCUGAAUUCAUCGCAAAAAAACGAUCGAAAAUAUAUCAACUGCUGGAGGAGAGGUGGAUUAGGUUUCUGACAUAUCCGCUCAAGGAAGUCGUGAUUGAAUGGAGAUUCUAUUGACCAAGGAGAUUGAAUAUCAGAUCUUAUGACAUUGAAAUAUUGAAAUUAUUAAUCAGAUAAAACUAAGGCAUAAACAAAUCAAUUGAAAUUACUAUUUUCUUCAUUUCUAUAGUUAAUUUGUUUAUAAGGGCUCGGUAUUUGACCGAAUACAUGAAUAAAAUUUUCCUUAAAAAACUAAAUGUCUUCAAGACAGGUCAUUUGACAGAUUUUUUUUAUCUACUCUAAACAAAUUUGGUCGCCUUAGAAAUUUAAACUUGUCUCAUUUAUGAUACUUAUGUUGUUAUUAGCUAUUUGUAAGUGUGAAAAAGAUACUUAUUGAACUGAACAGUAUGUGUCAAAAGAUGACUCAAUCGAUCAUUCGAAAUCACAUUUGUGACGCUGACGAAGACGAUGUGUGAUAUACAAGAAGAGCCAGCAGUUGAAUCGUUGCAAUUCAUUUUUUACGCUGGACUUGCUUGUCGCUUAUUAUAUAAUCAAUUUGUUCAGAGACUUUCUUCUUGAUAGUUGAUCGUAGUGAUGAAAUGAACCAAUGGCUUUUUUUCUUUUAAAAAACAUUUCAAUUUGUCCAAUGAUAAGAAAUACGUCAUUUCAAGGUCAAAAAGACGAGAAAAAUAUUGAUUAUUGAUUUCUUUCUCUUUGCUAAUACAUGAUAUCAAAAAUAAUAUUUAAAUCAUUCAUCUGACGUAAGUAAACAACGAAUAAUUAUAAACGAACUAGAAACAAUUACUUAAUCGAUCAAUACAAAAAUAACAAAGAUUGGUAAAUUUAUUUCGAAUAUAUUUCAUUUUUAUAGUGCAUUGAUGUAUUCCACUACUUCUUAUAUUCAACAAUCAACUGGUUAUUCAUCAUUAGUAUCCUAUGCACAUAACCAUCAUUAUUUAAAUGCUUCCAUUAGUACUAAUACACCCUCAACUAGUCGUAACUCAACACAUUUAUUACCUUAUAGUGGUUAUAAUACUGAUUUUGAUUUAUUAUCACAUUCAUAUAGUACCAAACAAUCACAAAGAGAGGAUGAAGAUGAUAAUCAAUCAAUAUCUUCAUCACUGGAUAACACAAUGAAUGGUACAUUAAUACCAUUUAAAAAACGUUCACGUAGUGUACCAGCUGAAGAAAAAGAUACUACAUAUUAUGAGAAACGCUCUCGCAAUAAUGAAUCAGCAAAACGUUCACGUGAUGCAAGACGAAUUAAAGAGCAACAAAUUCAACAACGUAUUAUUUUAUUAGAACAUGAAAAUUUACGUUUAUCAAUGGAAAAUCAAGCUAUUGGAUAUCAGCUUUCUCAACUUCGUACUUUAUGCGAUAGAACAUCAAAGUCAUUACAAUAA